CACUUGAACAUGAACUACAACCUUCUAAUAAACCUUCUUAACAUUUUGUCAUUUUUAUAUCAGACCAUUAUCAGACUUUGGCAACAAUGUGACAACAGUGACGUUUGUAAAUUUUUGUAAUAUUUAGUAAGAAAAUGUAAUAUUUAUGUUUAAAUUGAUUAUGUUUUAUGACAAAUACUGACCGUAUAAGAUAUUUCAGAGAAGAGUUUCGUUCGAAAUUAGAUUAGUAUUAGAGUCCACAAUGGGCAGCGGGCAGUCCGUCCGCGCCUCGCACUUUUCCCGACAGCAAGCACCACCAACGGACGAACAGGACCCCCACAUCAGCAUAUCCAACAAAAUGGUAGAACGGCUUGUAGAAGACGCUGCACUCGCUGGAGGAGCGGCGGCAGUGCCGGUGACGCGCAAGCCCCGGGAAGAUCUCAAGGACAAGAUACUCACGGAGAAGAUGAAGUGCCUGGAUGAGACGCACUCGGAGAGGAGCAAAAUAACAGUGGAUGACAUCAACUCUCUGGUGCGCCGCAUAGAGAUGCGGUCCUCUAAUUUGCCAAGUGUCGAGCCCGUGUGCCCCGAUUACCAGCAGCGCAUUAUCGACUGCUAUAAUGAGGGGGAGGAAGGAGGAGAUGUGGUGCAAUGUUGGAAUACCAUUGGUGAGUUUUCCCAGUGUGUAGCGGCGGUGGGCGCGGCGCGGCUGCAAGCGCAGUCACGGCUCGCACCUGCACAGGCGCGGCGACACAAUCUGCUUUCCGUGCGGGGUGAUGGCCGCGGCUUGUCACCAUAACCAGUCUUCCAGGUCAGGCAUCCGUGAUAUAACAUGUCUCACUAGACUGCAGUUCAUCUGGGUGUCCAACCAACCGCGAAGUACUAGUCGACAUACAAAAACGACCACGGGCCUAGCCAAGUUGUCAACCUUACAUCGACAAAUGACAAACGACGAAAAGUCUCGUGAUCAUUACCAUUUCACUUUCGAUUGGCGUUUUUUAUCAAUGGUAGUCACUUGGCUAGGCCCCCUGGUGUUAUCGUCAUUCGCGGACAGUAGCUUAGCUCUAUUAUUUAAUCUUAAAUUAGUCCAUAACAGUGUGCUUUUCUUUUAAAUCAAGCUGAAACGUCACUAGAGUUAGAUCAAGAUAAGUCUGCAAUGAUUUUGAUAGCACACGUGGUGCAAGUGUUAAUUUAAAAGUCAAACUUCUAUGAAAUAAUGACGUAUAAAUUACACUUGCCCUGCGCUUGCUAUCAAAAUCAAUCAAUCAAUAGAUACGUUUAUUUGUAAACACGGGUACAUAAUAGGUCUUAUAUAGUAGCAUAUCACCAUGUUUUGCCAUUAGGCAUACAAAUAUUUAUGUCAAGAUGGAGCAUGCAAUUAUUAUAGCUUAGCUAUUGUAAUUUAUAAUUAUAAAAUAAACUAACAACAAUUUGUGAAUAUAUUUUGUUACCCCAACGAGCACUAUGAAUAGCAGAAAAUUGGUUGAUAUUGUUUUUAACAUUCAUCGCUAGUUCAUAAAUAUAGAGACAAGGUAAAGUUAAAAUGUUCAGUCUAAUGAAAUGCGGUUAACAGUUUUCUAAACGUGGAAUUCUAAGUGCUGAACGCAAACAGUUUUUUGUGUUGUGCCUUAAAAGCCAUUUCUCGAUCUGUGGAAUUGCCCCAGGAAAUGACGCUGCAGACUUAUCUUAGUCUAACUCUACAUAGUUACUCUUAUACUGAAAAUAGAAGCAUCAAACCGUUAUCGUAAUUUUGAUUCUUUUUUUAUACAAUCUGUUAUAUUUUAUUAAUCGAGGUAUGUUAAUUAAAUAAAUAUAAUAUUUAUUCAGAAAAAA